AUGUGUUGUUGUGAUUGCCUAUUGGUUAUAAUAGCUGUGUUCUUCCCCCCGUUCCCGGUGUGGGUUAAGAGAGGACUCUGUUCAGCAGACUCAGUGAUCAACAUUUUGCUGUGUAUCCUGGGAUAUCUGCCGGGUCUACUACAUUCAUGGUAUAUCAUCUCCCGGUAUCCGGAAGCUUACUACGUCGAUUUGGACCCAGAGCUGGGUCAGGCUGGUGUGAUUUACGUCAAUCCUCCAGUCGAACGAGCAAUUUCUCCUACAACGGUUGACAGACCAUCGAGCAGACAGCAGUGCCUGCACCAGGGAAGCAAUGGAGGAUUCAACCCCCACUACGGAGCAACGUACAUUCCCACACCCGCAGAGUCACCUCCAAGUUAUGACAGAGCCCUCGAAGAAAGAACGGAGGGCAGCAGUUCCGGAAAGAACUAA